GAACGCCGUGUUUGAUGGGGUGACUUUCUUUUCAGAAUUUAUAAUUGCUUCGUGGGGCACUUAGUGCCUUCACAUACGUAGUCAGAAUACGACAGAAUUCAUCCUGGCACUUUCAAAUUCAGAUAUGGACGAUGCGAGCGGUAGGCGGCAGGCUACUAGGGUAUUUAAAAAGAGUUCUCCAAAUGGAAAGAUAACGGUUUAUCUAGGAAAAAGAGACUUUGUAGAUCAUAUAUCACAUGUGGACCCUAUUGAUGGUGUCGUACUGAUCGAUCCCGAAUAUGUGAAGGACCGCAAGGUUUUUGGUCACGUAUUGGCGGCAUUUCGAUACGGUAGAGAAGAUUUAGAUGUAUUGGGUCUUACGUUUAGAAAAGAUUUAUAUUUGGCUUUCGAGCAAAUUUUCCCACAGGAGAAUGUGGUUAAUAAAAGGCUUUUAACUAGACUGCAGGAACGGUUAAUUAAGAAAUUGGGACCAAACGCCUACCCGUUUUAUUUUGAAUUACCGCCACAUUGUCCUGCAUCGGUCACAUUACAGCCUGCUCCAGGAGAUACAGGUAAACCUUGCGGUGUCGAUUAUGAACUUAAAGCGUUUGUGGGCGAAUCCCAAGAUGACAAACCUCAUAAAAGAAAUUCAGUAAGAUUAGCUAUUCGUAAAAUAAUGUAUGCACCAAGUAAGCAAGGCGAGCAGCCGUCCACCGAAGUUAGUAAAGAUUUUAUGAUGAGCCCGAACAAAUUGCAUUUAGAAACAUCGUUAGACAAAGAGCUUUACCAUCACGGUGAGAAUAUCGCCGUGAAUGUUCACAUAGCGAAUAAUUCGAAUCGAACAGUUAAAAAAAUUAAAGUGUCCGUUCGGCAGUUUGCGGAUAUUUGUUUAUUCUCGACUGCACAAUAUAAGUGUACUGUAGCUGAAGCGGAGAGCGAAGAUGGUUGUCCGAUCGGUCCAGGGUUCACAUUAAGUAAAGUUUUUACGCUUACACCUCUUUUGGCAAAUAAUAAAGAUAAAUGGGGCCUAGCACUAGAUGGGCAACUUAAACAUGAAGAUACCAAUUUAGCGUCGAGUACUUUGGUAGCAGAUCCGACACAGCGUGAGAAUUUGGGUAUUAUAGUGCAGUAUAAAGUCAAAGUAAAGCUCUGCUUGGGCGCGUUGGGUGGAGAUUUGGUAGCAGAAUUGCCAUUUAUUCUUAUGCAUCCGAAACCUGAAGAGGAGAUUACUUCUUUGGGCAUGGCGUCACCAUCACAUCGAGGUAAUAAGGAGAUGGGCGACGUUCCCGUCGAUACAAAUCUCAUACAGUUAGACGCGUAAGUAUUUAAUGGUUUACGUUGUGAUACUAACCUCAAAUUUAGUGACAUAGAGAGCGCUCAAGAUCACGACGAUGAUAUCAUAUUUGAAGAUUUUGCAAGAUUACGCUUAAAAGGUGGUGAGACGGAUGCCUGAAAUCGGGCUUGAUUUACACAACAGCUUACAACCAUUUACAAUACCUACAGGUAUGUUAACUAAUAAUAGAUGUAUUUCCCCCCAAAUGUUGUGCCCUAGUCAUCGGCUAUUGCUGAGAUGCAAAUUAACUGUAGCUCUUUAAACUACUUUCAUUCAAGGAAUGUCGGUUGAUGUUUUUUAAUUGUUUUCUUAGAUCGAUGUAAAAUUAAUGUUUUAUGUAUGACUUCAUGUUUUUUCUCGUUUAUCGGUUGAUAAUUGUGACUAUUGAUUUGAACAAUGGUUGUUUUAUUUUGCGGGACGCUAUGUUCACAUUUUACUGUCUUGCUCCGAUUCAGAAAUCUAUGAAAUAUUUAAAUGUGGUGUUCAAAGAGGGCGCCAUUCACUGUUUAACUUCUGAGCAGUUUCAAAGAAGAUGUAAACUAAUGGUAAAAUGUGAACUUCAGAGCGCACCUCCUUCAUAUAAAUGUCACUAUAAAAAUUCGAAAUUAAUUAUGUAAAUACAUUUUUAUACAAUUACCGAUCAGCUAAAUUUAUAUUCAAUAACUUUUGAUAUUAUUUGCAGCUAUACAUUUUGAUAUUACUUAUACCUUUCAUGUUUAUUCGCACAUUGCGGUCAAUAAUAAUAUCGUCAAAAACAUUUUAACAAAUAAUUGUGGAAGUAUUCAGAGUCGCCUGGGUCAUUGAAGCGUGCAUACUCAGUUAUUGUAAUAAGCAAAAGGCGCGAACGGUUUAAAUAAUAAUGCACACAAAUAUUGCACAAUUCAUUUUUCUUAGCGUUAGGAGGUAAAAUUCGACUUGCAUUAAAAAAAAACACUCCUUUGAACAUUUGCGAAGACUGUCGAAAAUUUCUGUGAUUUUGUAACCGAGAGACAGCUAUCGAAUAUAUCCACAUCUUAUUUGUUUUUUUUUACUCGAUCGUACAAUUGCAAAACAAUUGUAAUCGAUUAAAUUAAGAAAUCUACAUAUUCAAUUAUAAGGCAACAUUUGUAAAUAAAAACGAAAUUGAUAAAAGUUGGUUUUGUACAAUUUCUGGCCUAAGUAACAAUUUUGGGUAAGCAAAUAAGUUAGGUACUAAUUCUUUGUGUCUAAUGAAACCUUCUUACAGUAUUGAGUUGGUUGCCAGGUUUAUUAUCGUUAAGUCUAGGACACAUACCAAAUGUACUUCGCUUAGUUUCUUUACUUCUUGUUGUCCAAGCAUAAAUUAACGUACUAUAAUUUAUACAUGUAGCUAUUUUUUGUAAUUUUUCCUAAUACUGUGUAGGGUGAAAAUGACGAAUCUAGUUUCUAGUUAAUUUUUUACAUUUGUACGUUUUUAAGUGAUGCAGUCUAUAGUUACCGAAUCAAUGUUCUAAGUAUUGUUGUGAGAAUACUUAAAAUCUCUAGUCCUUUUACAAUAAACUGGGAAGUAAGAUAAUCAUUACGGCUGCUUGAAUCAAAUGUGGCGUUUUAACAAACUAAUUUAAUGCAAAUAUUCGAUUUAUAUGAUUUUUUUAAUAUACAGUAAUAUAAAUAUUUUGUACAUACCUAAUAUUAGUUGGUACUAUUUUAUUAUGUUUAAUAAUAUGUGUCGUACUAUACAGUAGUUUUAAGUUUUCAUAUUUAAUAUAUUUUCUGAUAAACGAUACGAAGGAUAGGGGGUAUAAGUUAUUUAAAAGGAACAGCUCUACCGUGUUUGUGUUUAAUGUACAGUUAUGUAUUGAAUAUUAACACAACUUGUCGUACUAACUACAGUUAAUUAAUGCGAAAUUAGUGAACUAAACGGUACUUUAUGUCUUCAAAUUUGUUUCAUACUAAGGAAGCUAGCAUGAAGUAAGUAAAAGUGUGAUAAAUUUAUAGGUCUCCAUGCUACGCUUCCCUAAGUGGCCGUCAACAAUUCAAAGUGAUCACUAUUUCUGAAGUAAUUCACUAAUUAACAAUUUGUGCUUUUAUCGUUACGAGAUAGAAUCACUCUGAAAUCCGUGUUUGGGAAAUUGUGUAAAGCUGUACGGAGUUGUACACAUUAAAAACAGUAAUAAACGUUUUCUGUUUCUCUAA